AUGGCUGCCUUCGUAGCAACCAAUGUGUGGAAACACGGGGUGCAAGAGGCCGCGAUCCCCAGCCCUGCAAGAAGCCAGGUUCCGCCUGGCCAGACUGCUUCGACUGCUUCGACGGCUUCGACCGCUUCCUUCGCCAAGCCAUUGCUAGCGCUGGGUGUGGCAGCGCGUGUUGCCACACGCAGAAAGAAGGUGAAAUGCAACGCCAUGAGUCGCCGGGAUUUGCUGGCUGCUGCCCCUGCAGCAGUGGCGCCUGUGAUGCCACCCGCACAAGCCGCACAAGCCACACAGGCCCUGCAAGUGCCGAAUUUUGGUGUCGGCGCCUGGGCCUGGGGCGACCGCCUCUUCUGGGGCUACAACGAAAAGCAGGACCAGGAGCUACGAGAAGGUUUCGACGCCUGCAUCAAGGGCGGUGUGAAGCUCUUCGAUACUGCGGAGAUCUACGGCCCAGGGCGCAGUGAGGAACUGCUGGGAACAUUCCUGCGAGAAAGUGGCGCAAAGGACGUCCAGGUCGCGACAAAGUUUGCGGCCUUUCCAUGGAAGCUGGAUCGACAAGAUGUGGUGAAAGCGUGCAAAGGCUCCCUUGAGCGUUUGGGAAUGGAUUCCAUUGACAUCUACCAGAUUCACUUCCCGUCAGUUUGGAAGAAUGAGGUCUUCUGGGACGGCCUCGGUGAUUGCUAUGAGCAGGGCUUGGUGAAAGCCGUUGGCGUUUCCAACUAUGGUAGUUCAGCAGUCCGUGCCAUCAGCAAGACCUUGGGUGAACGAGGGAUCCCAUUGACAUCCAAUCAGAUCCAGUAUAGCCUGCUGUAUCGGUACCCAGAGUUGAAUGGAAUGAAAGAAACCUGCGACGAGUUGGGCGUGAAGAUUCUGGCGUACAGCCCUUUGGCCUUGGGUGCUCUGACAGGGAAGUGGACCCCAAGCACUCCGCCAUCUGGUCCACGUGCUGCCAUCUCUGACAAGCUGCAGAAAGACGCCGCAUGGCCUGGACUGCUGGAUGCCAUGAAAGACGUGGCGCAGCAGCAUGGUCCAGAGACGACGCUGUCGCAAGCGGCCAUCGCUUGGUGCAUCGCCAAGGGCACCACACCCAUCCCCGGGGUCCGCAACGUGCGCCAGGCCCAGGACAACAUCAGAGCCACUCAGCUGAAGCUCUCUGCGAACGAAGUCCAGGCGCUGGAUUCAGCAGCAGCGAAAGUCAGUGGUUUCCUGAGUCCGGAGGCCAGCCCUUUCAAUAGCCUGAGCCGAUCGAUGGACACCAAGCAAGCUAUGUAUGAAGCCUGA